AUGAAUCCCAUUUACCUGGACCCCCACCUUCAGGACCCAGGCACUCGACGAAAACCACGCAAUGAUGCAGCAACUGGUGCGUCGGCAGCCGGUGUUCGUGCCCUCAGUGCUCAAAUGGUUGCUUUCUAUUUCCGAGCCCCGAUCAAGGCAUUUUUUCGCACCCGUGUCGAUUACAUGGCAUUUGCCCGCGCUGUGAAUCCUCGCGUUGCUGAGGGCAAAUGGUCCCUCCAUACCACCACGCCUGGCCUACUGCUUCAUGCCGUCCGAACGUACGGCUGGCAGUUUAUCCCAAAUCAAGUCUUGCCACCACUACUGGCAAAUGCGGCUGUCGGAGCCGUACUUUACACAUCUUAUUUACAGGUUCUGGGAGCCCUCCACGAACCUGUAUCCCAGGGUGUCAAACGCGUGUGGCCUCCUGCCCCACCAUCGGCUACCUUUACCGCUGGGUUCACUGCCGGGGCCAUUCAGUCAAUUGUUGCGGCUCCUUUGGAUGCACUGCAGGUCCGGCUGCAGACUAGCGAUAUGCUUGAAGGUCAAUACCGAAGUAUGUGGCACUAUGGUAACCACAAGUUAAAACAAAUCGGGCUUCGAGGGGUCUUCGCUGGUUGGAGCCUCUCCUUUCUCCGAGACUCUAUGGGGUAUGCUGUAUUCUUUUCGUCUUUUGAAUACGUCAAAUCUCAAUCCUAUUAUUCCUUUAUCACUUGGUAUUAUGGUUCCCUUCGUGCCGAUAAUCUGGAAGCGCUUCCUAUUUCGGGCUCCAGUGACCGUGGUGUACCCAUCAUCAAGCCUCAUUAUGCAUUGGAGCCUUGUUUUCUGAUGAUGGCUGGUGUGGUUGCUUCGAUGGCCCAACAAGUGAUUCAGCAUCCCCUCAGCCGGAUUCAGGACCUCCAUCUAGGCCGACUGGAAUAUCUGGAUCACCAAGCGAGUUUGGAUCAUUCACGACGACAGAUGCUUCGUCUUUAUUACCAUGCCUAUCAAGAGACGUGGAAACGGUGUCGACGCAAAGCCGAGCGAAUCGGUGGAAUACGGCAAUGGCUUUUCUGUGGAUUCUUGAAUAGCUCUCUUCGACAGGUCCCUAGUACUAGCGCCGGCCUGAUUAUCUUUGAGCUGGUGCGUCGGCGAUAUGCAAGCCUCGCCGACACAGUGCAUAUCCAGAAAGAUGGAUACGAUAUUCUUCUGAACUAA